AUGAGAGCGCCAAUGAAAGAUGACGACAGAGACAUCGACAAUGGAUUAACAUUAGCAUUGGCAACCUAUGAUUUACUCUAUCCGUUGAAAUAUCUCUGCUCUAAGGAGAUCCGUCAAAGCGAUUUAAAAUUUUUGCCAAAAUUGUUGCUUUUUGAGAUUCAUAAAAACGAAAUUGAGGUCAUUGAGGAUGAACUUUUCGCUUAUAAUCCAAAUCUUCAGUAUGUCAGUUUUAGUGGAAAUAAGAUUGUUCACAUUGGCUUAAAAGUCUUUAAAAACUUACAGAAAUUAACGUAUUUAAGACUGCUCAAUAAUUUUUGCAUUGAUAGAGAAGCUAUGGAUGAUGCAGCCGAAACUAUAAAAAUUAUUGAGGAUGUAAAAAUCAAAUGCUACAAUCACGAUUAUUUGAUCAUUAAAAGUGACUUGCAACAGCUUGAAAACUCACUGGUUUGCGUUAAUGCUGAAACUUCAUCAAUUUUUAGUCAGCAACUUCAAAAUCUUGAGAAUAAAGUUAAAAACUCAAAAAUUUCACUUCCUUCAUCUUACAAAGACAAAUUGAAAGAAAUUUCAAGCAUAAAAACCCAAAAUUACUGGAAUUUAAAGCAAAAACUUGAAGAUAUUGAAAAAGUUGUGACAACUUCAAAGAUUGAGGCAUCAAAUUUGAUGAAUAAUAUUCAAAAUAAAUUCACAACGUCAUUCGAUGACAUCAAACAAUCAGAAAACUCAUUACAGUCAACUAUGAAUAGUAUCAGGAAAGAUCAACAAAGCGAGCAAAUUAAAAUUUCAAGUGUAAAAAACACUUUGGACUCAAUAACAGCAAUAACAUCAACAAAAUCACAAACAAUCAAUGAAGAUUUCAAAAAUAUUUUAAAUGAAUUAAAUCUUUUCCAAGCAUUAAAGACAUUUAAUCCGGAAAUUCUAAAUGCAAAUGUUCAUAUUCUUGAAAAAUAUUUGGAAAACUCACUUUUAUCGUGCUCACAGAAACAACAAGACAUUAGUAACAGCUCACUUAAAAUAAUACUAGACAGCAUCAAAACAACACAAACUGAUUUAAUAAAAGAAGUUGAUGUCCUCAAUAAGAACUUGGAUAAUUUGAAUACGGCAAUGUCGCUAAAAUCAGGAAAUAUUGUUAAAAUAUUUGAAGUUAUUAAAGACGAUAUAAAGAAGUCAUUAGCAGAUUUGACAUCAUCUCAGCUAGAACUCGGGGAAAGGAUGAUUUCGUAUGACAAAUCACCAAAAAACAAUGUGGAAAACUAUAUCAAUACAAGAGUAGAAAAUCUUGAGAAAAUCAUUAAAGAGAGCACAGGACCAACAUUACUGGACAUCUCAAAACUUGUUUUUAUCCUAUCAGCAUUAUUUAAUGAUUCAAUGUCAGCAACAACUUCAUGUAACUAUUACAAAGCUGACUGGGCUGCAGCAGGAGAUGUCUACAUAUGUGAUGUUCAAAAUAAAUUAUUAAUGAUCACAAAGGAAUCGGCAGUCAUAAGUUCUGUAACAGGGGAUCAUAUGGUGUCUAAAGACAGCAGCGACGUAACUGGAUUUAUUGCUAAAAAUAAUACUAUUCAUUAUUUUCCAAGAAAUAUUGCAAAUUUUUAUGUAAAUAUAAAAGCAAUUGCCAUUUUUCAUGGACGAAUUAGGGAAAUUCAGCAGUCGGAUGUUAAGCCAUUCUUAAAAUUGGUGGAACUUAAUUUGUUUAACAAUAAUAUUGAAGUUCUCGACGAUAAUUUAUUUGACUACAAUUCGAAACUUAAAUAUGUUGAAUUUUCAUACAACAGAAUUUUUUACAUAAGUUCAAAAAUCUUUGAUGUACUGAAAAAUCUAGUUUUCUUAAAACUUUAUGAUAAUAUUUGCAUCAACAAAGCCUCAACAGAUUCCAUUAAUUCAACGAUCUUAAUUAACGAAGUGAAGGAAAAAUGUAACAAUUUUGACAUUUUAAAUAUAGAAAGUGACUUGCAACAGCUUGAAAACUCACUGGUUUGCGUUAAUUCUGAAACUUCAUCAAUUUUUAGUCAGCAACUACAAAAUCUUGAGAAUAAAGUUAAAAACUCAAAAAUUUUACUUCCUUCAUCUUACAAAGAAAAAUUGAAAGAAAUUUCAAGCAUAAAAACCCAAAAUUACUGGAAUUCAAAGCAAAAACUUGAAGAUAUUGAAAAAGUAGCAACAACUUCAAAGAUUGAGGCAUCAAAUUUGAUGAAUAAUAUUCAAAAUAAACUCACAACGUCAUUCGAUGACAUCAAGCAAUCAGAAAACUCAUUACAGUCAACUAUAAACAGCAUCAAGAAUGACCAGCAACUUAUAACUCCAAAAAUUCAAGAACUUGAUCGAGUUGGAGGAGAUCUGAGUAAAAUGCUUUCUGCUUAUUUAACUGACACGGAUAACCAACUGCAAACUGUUAAAAGUGAGCUCAAAAAGACACUAAGUCCACUGAAAGCACAACCUGAAAGCAUCGACAAAAUAAAUUCUCGUAUUUUAAAAAUUAUUGAAAAAUUCAAUGGAACACAAAUGAUUCAACCUGACCUUAAAGUUUCUUUAAAUGAUACACUAAAUGGCAUUGAAACUAGAAUCAUCGAUGUAAAGGCACUUGAAUCUAAAAAACCUGGUGUUAAGGCACCUGAAUCUGUGAAAUUCGGUGUAAAGGCACCUGAAUAUUUAGAAUUUAGUUUAAAGGCACCAGAAUUUUUAGAAUCUGAGGGAGCACUUCGGUAUCCAACAAUAUACGUAACAACAAAUAAGCUUUUCCACAGCAUUAACUCUAUAUUUUGUCACUAUCUUCCUGCUUACAUAAUUGAUGGAGUAUCAAAAUUGUCAGGAAAUAAGCCAAUAAUGGUCAAAAUCCAAGACAAACUUCAAGUUGCCAACGAAUCUUUAGAAUUCUUCAAACUCACCGAGUUCAAGUUUCAUUCAAAAAAUGUUGACAAGCUCUUAAAUUUAAUGAGCAAAGAAGAUGAAGACAAAUUUGAAAUUGAUGUCAAAAAGAUUGACUGGAAUGACUACUUCGUCAACUAUGCAUUGGGUAUUAGACAGUAUGUUUUAAAGCAAAAACCAUCGACGGUUGAAAGCUGCAGAAAAAGAAUGUUUAUGUAA